UAAAUAUAAAAGUAAAGUGUUGCACAGUAUCAUUUGUGUGAAGUGAUCAUCAGAAUUCAAAAAUGACCAUGUUCAACAAAUUUUAUUUCUUGUGCGUUUGUGUUAUUGGUGCGUUAGCCAAAAUAGAUUAUAAGACAUUUCCUGAAAGUACUCAGGAUUUGAUGAAAACCCUACAUGACACUUGUUUAAAAGAGGUUGGAGUUAGUGAAGAACUUAUUGCUAAAGCCAUCGAUGGUGAUUUAGUCGAGGAUGACAAACUAAAAUGCUAUUCCAAAUGUCUAAUGGUUGAAGCGGGUGUGAUGGAUGAGAAAACAGGAGAUAUCAGUGUUGCUAUUAUUGAAGAAAUACUUCCGGAAAACUUAAGGGAAUCAUAUAAAGAAAAUUUACAAAGAUGUGCAGAAAAAUCUGAUAAUGAUGAUCUGUGCGAGAAAGCCUUCGACAUGUUUAAAUGUAACCACGAUUUGAAUCCAGAGAAUUUUAUUUUUAUGUGAGGAACUAACAUACUUAUUAAUCACCUAAUGUCCAAAUGUUGUUAUUGUUAUUUUAAUUAAUAAAUGUGCAUUAUUUA